UAUUUGUGACCAAUAUUUAUAACAAACAUUUGGCACUUAAAUGUCUGUUUCGGUAACAAUUAUUAACGGGUCGGACAAGUGGUCAGUGGACCUCAAUCUCGUUGUCGUAUGAAAUAUGCAUCCCAUGCGUGGAUCCAACGAUUACUUAUCACAUAAUAAAUAUUCGUAUGACAUGACCAGUGGCACUGCGACGGCCAAUCGAUUGAUGGCAACGACACCGACUGUCGGCCCGUCGGGAAGUGCUUUUGCCGAUCGUAAAGUCACACUGUUUUCAUUGAAAGAUUUGAAGCCAUUCGAGGUUCCCGUCGAGGAUCAGUUAGGGAAAUGUCGAUUAGUGACUGAUUUUGAAAAACUGAAUCGCAUUGGAGAGGGAACCUAUGGUAUUGUCUACAGAGCGCGUGACACCCGAACCGAUGAGAUUGUGGCCAUUAAACGAAUGCGUAUGGAUCGGGAACGAGAGGGCUUACCUGUUAGCGGACUGCGCGAAAUAAAUCUAUUGUUGAACUUAAGACACGACAAUGUGGUCCAACUCAAGGAAGUGGUUGUCGGCAAAAGUCUGGAAAGCAUUUUCCUUGUGAUGGAGUAUUGCGAACAAGACUUGGCCUCACUGUUAGACAAUAUGAACACUCCAUUCACUGAGUCUCAGGUGAAGUGUAUUCUCAUGCAAUUGUUUUACGGUUUAGUCUAUUUGCAUAAAAAUUUUAUUGUUCACCGAGACCUCAAAGUGUCUAAUUUGUUACUUACUGAUUGCGGUCAAUUGAAAAUUGCCGAUUUUGGUUUGGCCCGCAAGUAUGGCCUUAAAAAUAUACCGAUGACACCACGUGUGGUCACACUGUGGUAUAGAGCACCGGAACUGCUGUUCCAAUCAAAUGUUCAGACGACAGCUAUUGACAUGUGGGCCGCCGGUUGUAUAUUAGGCGAAUUAUUGCUGCAUAAGCCACUACUACCCGGUCGAUCGGAAAUCAAUCAAAUUGAACUGAUUGUAGACUUUUUGGGUACUCCUAAUGCAAGCAUUUGGCCCGACUGUUCCAAACUACCGGUGCUCCAGAAGUUUCAAUUGAAACAUCAACCAUACAAUAAUAUUAAAUAUAAAUUUAGUUGGGUAUCACCGGCCGGCAUACGAUUAUUGAAUCUACUAUUUAUGUAUGACCCAACCAAAAGAGCCACUGCUGAGGAAUGCCUACAGAGUUCCUAUUUUAAGGAGAAUCCAUUGCCGUGUGAACCAAAAAUGAUGCCAUCAUUUCCACAACACAGAAAUCUUAAGCGAGAAGCUGAGGAACUACCGAUGCCAUCAUCUAAAAAGGUUGAAACUGAGGAAAGUCGGACAUUCUUCACAUUUAAUGGAAAGGCUUUUAUACCGAAAAUGCCUAAAAUGUGAUCAAUUGAUUGGCAAUACUUGUAUUUAUAU